AGCGGUAUAUAAUGGUUAGGAAAACUGAAAACACUUGUGAAACCUCUUAAACUACACUACUAUUAUUUGGGAAAUUCCCAAGAUGCUUUAAUAGUUAAUAUAUUAUUAGGUGGAGAACUGUAGAAGCACUAGUUGCUGUAGGAAUUCAAAGCAUUAAAUAGUAGAAGAAAAGGGGCAUUUGUUUCACUUUUUGCUGCUUUUGAUCACAUCCAUUCUCCCAUGGCUCGACCAUCGUGGCUGGUUGAUAGUAACAGAAUUGCAACCAAAAUUAGGAGUGCAUCUGGCGCAAGUGAUCUGCAACAAGUUAACUGGACAAGCAAUCCUACAAAAACUUGCCCAAAUUGUCAGCAUGUCAUUGACAAUAGUGAUGUCACCCAAGAGUGGCCGGGAUUACCGCGAGGGGUAAAGUUUGAUCCAUCUGAUCAAGAAAUUAUUUGGCAUUUACUUGGAAAAGUUGGUAUUGAAAAUAUGAAGCCCCAUCCUUUUAUUGAAGAAUUUAUUCCAACUGUUAAUGAAGAUGAUGGAAUCUGCUAUACUCAUCCUCAAAAUUUGCCUGGUGUUAAACAGGAUGGGAGUGUAGCACACUUUUUUCACAGGGCAAUCAAAGCUUAUAAUACUGGAACUAGAAAACGUCGUAAGAUACUUGGUGACAGUUCUGGAGAUGUUCGUUGGCAUAAGACUGGUCGGACAAAGCCUGUUCAUUUGGAUUGUAUACAAAAAGGAUGUAAAAAAAUUAUGGUGCUGUAUCUUAGCCCAGUAAGAGGUGGCAAGCCAGAGAAGACUAAUUGGGUGAUGCACCAGUAUCACCUCGGUACAGAGGAAGAUGAAAGGGAGGGAGAAUAUGUUAUCUCCAAGGUCUUUUAUCAGCAGCAACAGGUCAAGCAGAAUGAAAAGGCUGAAGUAGAAGUUCCAGAAGAUGAUGCCUUGAUUGUCAAGGUAGAUCCUGUUACUCCCAAGUCUGUCACCCCUGAACCACCUCGUACUGAAAGCCGCUUCCCUGAUUGUGAUGCCCAAGAAUCUGUUCUUCCAGCGGCUCAGCAUCAUGGUGUGGUUUGCAUGGAAGAUGAGGUUAGACCUCCAAGCGACCAGCCCAAUUGUGAAGAUCCUGUCACUGCUGUGGAUCUUGCUGAUCAACAGGAUGAUAAAACCGACAAUGAUGCUGGUGAGAAGAGAGAGUGGUGGGAUAGUGAAUCACAAUACUUGCUAGACUCACAGCAACUUGUAGAAGCACUAUCUUUAUGUGAUGAGUUUCUACGGAGCCAAUCUCCAAACAGAGAUGGAGAUAAAAAUGAGCAAGAAUUAAAACCCAAACCUCGUCUUGCUGAUUAUGCCCACUUAGGACCUGAACAUUUGAAGAAAGAUUUAGAAGAGUGCCAAGAUCUGGUCCUUGAUCCAGUAAACCUGGAGCUAGAUACACCUCCUGACUUCCGGUUGAGCCAGCUUGAAUUUGCAUCUCAGGAUAGUUUUAUAUCAUGGGGUGGAAACAAAUUGCAGGAAUUUGCAUCUCAGGAUAGUUUUAUAUCAUGGGGUGGAAACAAAUCUGCUGACAUUGAGGAGCACGGUACUUGACAAGUAGGAGCACAGGUGGGUUUUUUGUCUGAAGCACGGAAUGGAGAGAAAGGACCACUGACUUUUGGCUGUCAAUUUGAAGCUUCUUGCUAAAAAUGUUCAUUUUGAAUCAGAAUACUUGAAUGAUGUAUAGGCUCAUAUAGUAGCCCAUGUUUUGACUAGCUUCUCAGUUGAACGUAAGUUUGUAUGACAGCUUCCUUGUACCUGUUACAAUUGUCACUCGAUGGGUAUGCUCUUGUUCAUUUUAUCAUAACUAAAAUGUGAUGCGGUUUAUGUGCUUUUCUGACA